GUCCGUGCCUCCCUGGGUCUCCCAGGCCCGGCCGCCCCGCCCGGCUCGACCCCGCCGCGCCCGCCGACCUUUCGGAGCUGCGGGCGGCGGGGCCGGCGCGCCUUUGUUCCUGCGGCGGCAUCGGCAGCGGCAGGGCCGGGCGAGGCUGGCGAGGCGCUGCGCCGCAGACCGGGCGGGGCGGCGGGCGGGAGGAACCCCGCAACCCCACCGAUCCUGAGACAGUGAGAUGCCUGAUGGGGAAGCAACCCCUACUGCAGCGGGGUCAGUCUCGGGGUCGUGCAUUGCGCGUGCACGGCCUGGCGCUUACUGUUGCUGCGGCGGUGGCGGGCGAGGAUUAGGCCGGGCCCACUCUGGCCAGUUUCAGUAACCAACCCUGGUCUGCGGACGGGCUCCUAUCCCUCAAAAGCUCUGUCUGCGCUAAUUCACUGCCGCCCCUCGGGGUCGUGGCAGGGCCCUUCUGGGGAUUUCAAACCAGGGCAGAGCCGGGAAGUAGACGAUCACAGAGGGCGACUUAUUACUAUCCUGCCCACCAUGGCCAGGCGCCCACGGAGCAGCAGAGCGUGGCAUUUUGUCCUGAGUGCAGCUCGCCGAGAUGCGGAUGCCCGGGCCGUGGCUCUGGCAGGGUCCACCAACUGGGGCUACGACUCUGAUGGGCAGCACAGCGACUCAGAUUCCGACCCCGAGUAUGCAUCUCUGCCGUCAUCCAUCCCCAGCGCCGUGCCUGUGACUGGGGAGUCCUUCUGCGACUGUGACAGUCAGAGCGAGGCCUUCUGCGGCAGUCUGCACGCCGCCCACCGGGGCAGGGACUGCCGCUGCGGGGAGGAGGACGAGUGUGAGUGUGGGGGCCUGCGGCGGGUGGGCGGACCUCUGGGCUGGGUGGGAGCCUGGCGAGCCUGGGCCUCUUCUCUCACAGAUUUUGACUGGGUCUGGGAUGACCUGAAUAAGUCCUCGGCCACCCUGCUGAGCUGUGACAACCGGAAGGUCAACUUCCACAUGGAGUACAGCUGUGGCACAGCGGCCAUCCGGGGUACCAAGGAGCUGGGGGAGGGCCAGCACUUCUGGGAGAUCAAGAUGACCUCGCCCGUCUAUGGCACUGACAUGAUGGUGGGCAUCGGGACAUCGGACGUGGACCUGGACAAGUACCACCACACGUUCUGCAGCCUGCUCGGCCGGGACGAGGACAGCUGGGGCCUCUCCUACACGGGCCUCCUCCACCACAAGGGCGACAAGACGAGCUUCUCCUCCCGGUUCGGCCAGGGCUCCAUCAUUGGCGUGCACCUGGACACCUGGCAUGGGACGCUGACCUUUUUUAAGAACAGGAAGUGCAUAGGAGUGGCAGCCACCAAGCUGCAGAACAAGAGGUUCUACCCAAUGGUGUGCUCCACGGCGGCCAAGAGCAGCAUGAAGGUGAUCCGCUCCUGUGCCAGCAUCACCUCCCUGCAAUACCUGUGCUGCUACCGCCUGCGCCAGCUGCGGCCUGACUCUGGGGACACGCUCGAGGGCCUGCCUCUGCCGCCCGGCCUCAAGCAGGUGCUGCACCACAAGCUGGGCUGGGUCCUGAGCAUGAGCUGUGGCCACCGCAAGCCCCCCACACCCUCGCCCAUGGCCAAUCCCAGCAGCCCUGAGACCCGGCGCUGCCAGAGGAAGCGCUGCCGAAGGACCUAGUGAAAACUGCCUUCUACAGCUGGGAUGGCGUUUUCUCUGUUUC